ACACGCCCUCUGUGUGCCUCAGCGCCUUCAUGAUGUAUAUAUGUAAGUAAGGAGAAUUGAGAGAGCACUGGGUAGGAUACAAGCCUAAAGUUCGAAUCCAGCGAAGAUCAGUUUUUCUUUUCUUUCUCUGAUUUUGGGGAUGAGUUGCCAACCUUUUACUUCAGCUGAUAGCUUUGUGCCUCUGAAUUCGGAAUCCUCUGCCACUCUGCCUCUGAUAAUGCAUCACAGUGCUGCUGAUUGCCUGCCAGCCUCCAACCAUGCGACCAAUGUGGUGUCAACAGUCCCGUCUAUUUUGUCUUUGAUCCAAACUCCUAAAUUUUCGCACAUGCAUUUCUCCAUGACAACUUUUGGAAACGCAUCAGCAAGCCUUCAUUAUUCUGUUCCUUCCUGCCAUUAUGGAAACCAACAGUCUACCUAUGGGGUAAUGACAGGUAGCUUGACACCUUGCCUUUAUAAGUUUCCUGACCAUGCCUUGAGUCAUGGCUUUCCUCCCAUGCAUCAGCCUCUCCUGGGAGAUGACCCCACAGCUAUUGACUUUAAGCAGGAAUUCCGUCGAAAAAAUAAAUCAGUUGAAGAGCCAACUGACAUGGAUUCUCCUGAAAUCCAAGAACUAGAAAAGUUUGCCAAUGAGUUCAAAUUGAGAAGAAUUAAAUUAGGCUACACUCAGACAAAUGUUGGGGAAGCUUUGGCUGCAGUACAUGGCUCUGAAUUCAGUCAGACAACUAUUUGUCGAUUUGAAAAUCUGCAACUCAGUUUUAAAAAUGCUUGCAAACUAAAAUCAAUAUUAUCCAAGUGGUUGGAUGAAGCUGAGCAAGUAGGAGCUUUAUACAAUGAUAAAGUGGGGGCAAAUGAACGGAAAAGGAAAAGGCGAACAACCAUAAGCAUUGCUGCUAAAGAAGCUCUGGAGAGAUAUUUUGGAGGACAAAGUAAACCCUCUUCUCAAGAAAUUAUGCGGAUGGCAGAAGGUCUGAAUCUGGAGAAAGAAGUCGUGAGAGUUUGGUUUUGCAACAGAAGACAGAGAGAAAAAAGAGUGAAAACAAGUUUACAUCAGAAUUCAUUUCCAUCUAUUGUUAAAUAGCAUCAUCCUAAGUCUAGAUGAGAAGUGGAUCUCUCCAGCAUUCAUUUUCCCUACCAAAAUUUGGAAAGUAGCUAUUUGGGUUGCUUGUUCCCAACAUAAUUAUGGGAAGUAAAUUAAUACAUUAUCUAAUUUAUUUCUCUAAAAUAAUUGAAAACUGAUUAUUAAAAUUGUUUUUCACUUAAAAUAUUUUUGUUCAAAAGACGAUGCAUACAUGUUAGGCUAAAGAUGUCUAUUUUAAGGAAUUCAUGUGUUGUUCAUAUGUGCAGACCUGUUAGUAUAUAUAAGUUUGUUUUCACACAGUCUGCCUCCAUUUCUAAGCUUUCAGGGGAUCAGAGAGACAAUGAAAGACUUUCCAACAGGAAAGAGUGAUGAGCAAAUUCUGUAACUUGGGGUGUUGGUCACAUUUCUGUGGUCCAUUCUUACACUUUCUUUAUAUCAAAAUUUCUGCACUUCUUUAAAGAUUUAGUUGUGACUCAUUAAACAGGCAUAUUUUACACUUUUUGGCUAAUGCCUUCAUCAUUUAUUUCCUGCAAUUGAAACGUAAGGGAUCAGUUGUAUAACAUUCAAGAACACCGAGUAAAAGCGCUUUAUGAGUUUGCUAGUAACUGUCCCCGACUCUUUGGAGCCCAACUAUGGCCCACUUUUGCCAUGUGCACACCUGCACACAAAAGCGGCUUGUUUAUUGGUCCAGCCACCCUGGUAUAGCCAGGCUGUUCUGGUCUGCCAUGUUGGUGUCCUGUCAGAAAAGGUGUCACAUUCAAUGUCAUUAGCAAUAAGAAGCCCGGCUGUGCCCGGGAUUGUUUCCACGUAGCAGAGCAGUUAUUUAGUGUUCAAGGAUGCACUGUUUGGACCGUGGAAGCCGUGGCGCUGGGAUGGAAAACCAAUUCAAAGUAACCUGUUGCUUUUCCUGUGUGCUGUGUGUUUGCCUGCGUGGCUUUCUGUAAAUGGACAUUUAGAUGUGGAUUCUCUAGAUUGUGAUUUAAG